CCAGUCCAGCUCCAUUCACAGCCUGCACAGGUGACAGUUUGCCCGCCCUGUUCGUAGACGUCACGGAAAGUGGGCGGAGCCGCAGUGCGUUCUGACGACACAGCUUAAAGAACCAGACCCAGGGAUCCACGUUGCUGAGCUGGGGCCGCUAUGAGCCGAGUGUUACGGACCCUGCGAGUGGCCUAAUCGUGCCGGUGCCUCUGUCCGUAAGGGUGAGCCGUACAGCCGGUGUCCGUCACUUUCUGUCAUCGCUGAGGUCUGUGGGAGCCAUUACGUCCCCUGUUUGUGUGGUCAUGUCUUUACUAUGGGUUCCAGCCAUGCCUUUGCUUUUGCUCAGUGCUCUUUUGCCAUUCUCCCUGAUGGCGGGUCCCACUCCCUCUACAGGCAAAGAGCUGAGCGCUGCUUCCUUCCUACAAGAUAUUCUUCAGAGAUAUGGAGAGAAUGAGAGUCUCUCAAUGCCCCAGCUUCAGUCUCUGCUGGAGAACCUGGAGGUGGGAAAGGGAGGGGGCAACCAGCGGAACAUGUCCCAGUGCCUCAGCUCUUCCACACUGUUUGCUGCACACAACCUGACCUCUGGAUCAGUGGUGGAUGCAGAAGGUUUCCAAAGCUUCUGUCCCACUAUUCUACAGCAGCUAGAGACCCGGGCAUGCCAAGAGAGCCCUGCAUUCCAGAAUGAGACCACCCCUGGCGCUGAGGGGAGACCAAGCCCUGGAGAAGUCUGGGGAUAUGGGCUGCUGGCCGUCACCGUGAUCAGCCUGGCUUCUCUUCUGGGUGUCUUUUUCGCCCCCUGUGUAAAGAGGCCUUUCUUCCGCCGCCUGCUAACCUAUUUCAUCGCCCUGUCCAUCGGUACCCUGCUGUCUAACGCCCUCCUGCAGUUGAUCCCUGAGGCUUUUGGGUUUAACCCAUUGGAGGACUCCUACGUGUUCACCUCAUCUGUAAUCUUUGGUGGCUUUUAUCUCUUUUUUUUCACUGAGAAGGUCCUGAAGAUGAUGCUCAAGCAGAAACAUGAGCACGGGCACAGUCAUUAUUCUGCUGAUACAAGCAAACGUGAUGCUGAGGAAGGUGUGACUGAGAAGUUGCAAAAUGGAGACUUGGACCAUAUGAUCCCUCCACCCCAUGGUAGCGAGUCUGACCUCCGUGGUGAUGAGAAGGCUGUGCAGCAACAGGAUCUGCCCGGGCAACAGAGUUCCUGCUAUUGGCUGAAAGGCAUCCGUUACUCUGACAUUGGCACCCUGGCGUGGAUGAUCACACUCAGUGAUGGGCUUCACAAUUUCAUAGAUGGCCUGGCCAUCGGAGCCUCCUUUACUGUGUCUGUCUUCCAGGGAGUCAGCACGUCCAUCGCCAUCCUCUGUGAGGAAUUUCCCCAUGAGCUUGGAGACUUUGUCAUACUUCUGAACGCAGGGAUGAGCAUUCCUCAGGCUCUGUUUUUUAACUUCUUAUCUGCGUGCUGCUGUUAUCUGGGCCUGGCCUUCGGUAUCCUCGCUGGAAGUCAUUUCUCCUCCAACUGGAUCUUUGCUUUGGCGGGAGGCAUGUUCCUUUACAUUGCACUUUCUGACAUGUUCCCAGAGAUGAAUGAAGUGAGCAAAGAGGAUGAAGAAGGUGGACGGGCAUUUUCUGCUUUUAUGAUCCAGAACGCAGGCCUCCUUACAGGCUUUGCCAUUAUGCUGCUACUGACAACGUUUUCUGGCCAGAUCCAGCUGGGAUAAUGACAGGGAUGGGGUAGCUUUCUCUAUCCCCCCCCACCCUGUUCUUCUGUACAGCAAGGGGAGAUUCACAGAAUUCCCUUUUGGAAUGGACCAAAGGUAGAGCUGCUGCAAAAAAUACAAAAGCCAGCGAGUAGUACAACACUAAUACUACCUCCUUCCCCAUGCGAGCAAGGGCUGGAGGGUGCUGCUACUGCUCUCCCUAUGAACAAAUGACUGGAAGGUUUUACCUUCAUAUUCACACAUGGACAGAUCUUGUUGGACAAGCUUGGUGCUUGGAAGUUGUAAAUAAAACUGAUAACAUGGCUAAGCACAGAAUUUCCUGCUCCAAUCUCCCUUCAUCUUGUGCACCAGAACUGACAUUGUCCAUCCUGUGUUCCAUCCUACACUGCCUUUUCCCUGAUCUAGUCCUUUCUGAGGAUCCUGGCUCCAUAUUUGUUAAAUUCUCUUGUUAGAGGAACGUGAGCACAGUAGUAGAUGGCAUCACCUCUCCUCCUAAGCAGAUCAUCAUUGGGCCUAGAGACAGAUGCUGUCCUUGUAGUGACUGCUCCAGGAAGGUUUAUCUUAUCAUAUUGAUAAGUUCGUGGGAUUAUACCCACCUUAGAAUGGACCAAUUUCCUUAACUGCAAUGGACAUUUCUUUAUUGUUGGUUGCAAGAGACUUUGCUUUGCCCAAGGAAUAAGGCACAGCUGACUCCUUCGGCCUUCCAGCUCUUGCAGUGUCCUUCCUAAAACCUCCUCCCGCUCAUUCCGCGUAGAACAACUUUUCUGGGCUGUGUGUAAGGGUAACCACCCUUCGGCACGUUCCACAAUUCUGUCUCGACUUGUGUUGCUGCUUCUCAUUCUUUCAAACCGGAAACAGUGUUUUUUUUUUUUUUUUUGUCUUGAAAGGUAGAAGAGAAGUGAAACUUUGUUUGCUGAGCUGUAGAGAAGUAGAAUGACUAGCGGCAUUAGUAAUAUUCAGGGCUUCCUUUUUAGCUGCUCGUCUGUGCAACAUGUACAGCAGAGGAGGUUUGAAGGGUAGUUCUACUACUGCUGCAGAGGUAUCUGCUGAUCAUCCAUAUUGUGUCUCUCUGAUGGGCUGAUUAUGAUAGGAACAGGGGAAUGUGGAUUGUAGUUCAACCAUAUGCACCAGUGACCAAGUACAGAGGCAGCAGUUAGUUGGCCAUUAGUGUGGUGUGGAUAGUGUAAAAAGUGGCACAUAAAUACACUUUUCUUUAAUGCUACUCCCCCCAUCAUAGAGAAAUACAUUUCCCUAGAUCAAUGAUCCCCAACCAUAACCCAACCCAACUCAUAAGCAACAUGCUCACUAACCCCUUGGAUGUUGCUCCCAGUGGCCUCAAACCAGGUGCUUAUCUCCGAUUUCCUGGCUUGGAGGCAAGUUUUGGAGCUAUAAAUACCAUGUAUAAUGCCAAUCAGUGCCUCCUGUAGGCUGCCAGUCCACAUAGGGGCUACUAAAUAGCCAAUUAUUUGGCACCCUUAUUACCUUUUUGCUUGUGUUGCUCCCCAAAUCUUUUUUACAUUUUAAUGUGGCUCAUGUGUAAAAAAGGUUGGGGACCCCCGCCCUAGAUAGAAAAAUGAGGGAUAAAGGGGUUUUACCUGAAUAAAAUGCUUUAGAAAGUCAGCUGCACUGAGGUCUGAUUUCUAAGCUGUAUUAGGUGAAGGGUGUGUUUUUAUUAUUGCCCCCUGGAAGCUGUUAUCAUUUCUGAUGGGUGAAUGAGCAGAGCCUACAGCUGUUUAGUCCCAUCCAUGUACCUCUGCUUUAUUCAUUGUUUUUAACUGACAUAACUCCCAAUAUUUAGACUCUGUGUAGCCUUCCAUGUCCUACACCUUGUGGAAAAAGAGGCUGCACUUUGAAUUCCAAAGGUAACCCCUGUUCCAAAGUGGGGAGCGCUGGUACUACUUACUGUGGAGCUGAAAAGGAUGGUAUACCAUCACACAAGUACAAAUGAGUGACCUGGUCCUGUGACAGGUGUAACUGCUGGAAUUUAAAGUGUAGGUACCUGCUGUUCAGAUCACUAGACCGUAGUAAAUUCUAACAGUGGGGUUCAUUAGAGCCCCUGUGCAGCAGAUCAGAUCAUCAGCCAUGGAAAGAGCUGAUUUGCUCCUGAUGUUCCCUUAGGCUUAUGCCACACAUGGUGGAUUCUCAUUCUGUGGAUUUCAGCUCUGUAAUGCAUGAAUAUGCAUUUCAGCAUCAAAAUCUGCUCUGUGUGCAUAUUCCAGGCUUGACGCAGUGGCUUCAGGGGUAGACACAGAAGAGCAUAAGGGGCGGAUUCUCAGUCUGUGUUUGUCCAAAGGCCGAUAAUCUGUCAUGUGUGGCAUAAGCCCUGUGUUGUGGGGCACUCUGUAAAUAGAAAGUCCCACAGAGAGACCAUGAGGAGUGCAAGACUGGAAGUAAGGGAAAGGGGCUGAACACAAGCAAUUUCUGCUAUUUUAAAAAGAACGUAGGAUUAAUAUAGAGGUUCUCUUCAUUUUAUACACUGUGUAAACCUAAAAUGAAGGUAUAUGUUCCCUUUAAAAAUGCCUAUAAGCCAUGGUGAAAUAAUUGGGUUGAAAAUGGCAUAAGUCUAGUAAGGUUAUGCUGGUGUAGCUAAAACAUUACAUCAGAUGUUCUUUUGCAAUGAUAUGGUUUAUGUGCUAGAUGGAUUUAUGUUGGAAAGGGAAGCUCAGUGUUAGUACUAAUGCCGCUAGAAUGUUAAUACCAGCAUGCUGAAUGGGCGAGGGUUCUUUUUUACAGCAGCAGAAGGAUUCAUGUUCCUAAAUGUGCAUGGAUAGCAAGGCCUACAGUUCUGUUCUCUCCUUCCUGUGUGAUUUACCAUCUCAGGUUCAACAAUAAAGUCUAAUAAGGCCCAGUGUUUCUUAGAUUUACCGGUUA